AUGAUUGUUAAUAAUCUUCCCGUAAUUCCUUGUGGCUUGCGACCCGUAACCAAAUUAAAAGAAGAAGAUACUAUUGCUACUACCCAAAUUAAUAAUCUUUAUCGGAAAAUAAUUUUAGUCAACGAAAGAUUAAAAUAUUAUUUAGACUUAAACCGUGAUUUUAAGGUUUUUUUUAACGAAAUUAUUCAUAAUGAAAAAAGACGCUUACAAAAAGCCUUUGAUAAUUUGACUUAUGGUUCACUCCGCAAGCAAAAUGAAACCAAAAGUUUAUUACAACAUCUAAGCGGGAAAGAAGGAAUAUUGCGCCGUUAUUCCUUGGGAAAAAGAGUAGAUUAUUCUGCUCGCUCGGUAAUUGUUCCUAAUCCCACUCUGCUUCUUGACCAAGUAGGUUUACCAGUGCCCAUGGCACUCACUCUUUAUAAGCCUUUUCUGCUGCAAAAAUUGUUAAAAGAAAAAAUUGCUUUCACGGUUCCCGAAGCCGAGCAAUUAUUCCAUAACCAAGCACCCGUUAUUUUUCCGUUAUUAGCCAAAAUUGUUCACCAGCAUCCAGUUUUAGUUAACCGGGCUCCGAGUUUACACCGUCUCAGUAUUCAAGGUUUCUAUCCCCAAUUAACUCUGGGCGAAGCAAUCGAACUUCACCCCUUAAUAACUACGGCUUUAAACGCGGAUUUUGACGGGGACCAAGUAGCUAUUUAUUUACCUUUAACCAAACGAGCCCGCGAGGAAAUUAAGGAAUGUGUUUUAUCUCCCCACCAUAUCAUUGACCCCAAAAACGGGCAUUUGAUAAGCAUUCCCACCCAAGACAUGAUUUUAGGGAUUUAUUAUCUCACUCAGGAAAAGAAAGGAGAGAAAUUUAUUUUUGUGGACGAAAUAGGAGAUAUUUACAAAAGUUAUGAGCGUGGCACCAUUAGUUGA